AUGUCAUCUCUCAACAACCCCACCUCGGUCACCUCCCUCCGCCUGACCCAAGGCACAGCCCUCUUCCUCUCCUCUUUCUCCUCGGGCGUCUCCCUGACCCUCUCCGCCUUCGUGGUCCCGCGCCUGCUCGAGUCUCCCCGCGGUGUCAUGCUCACCCAGUGGCUGCGCACCUACACGUUGGGCGCCACCACCAUGCCCUUCGCGACGGCCGUCACCGCGGCCGCAUACGUCUGGCUGGGCCUCAAGACGCCGGGGAUCCCGCUGGCUCGAUCGCGGAUGUACCUGGCUGCGGCGGGACUGACGGUCGGCAUUAUCCCGUACACGGUUGCUUUCAUGGGGGGUACGAAUGGACGGUUGAAGGAGAUGGAGAAGGAGGCGAAUUCGGUUCAGGCGAAUGUCCCCUCGCCCGAGGUGCGGGCUGAGGAGAGGAGCGCCAAGGCGCUGGUGGACUGGUGGGGGAUGUUGAAUCUGGGUAGGGCGGCUAUGCUGAUUUCGGGGGCGGUUUGUGGGUUGGUCGCGACGCUUUAA